GUGAUCUUCAAUCUCCUGCUGGUGAUCUUCGGGGGCGUGGCAGUGCCUUUGCUUGCGAGCCUGAUGGUGAGCUUCUGGGUCCUGCUGGUGUUCUUCAAGGCAAUGCUGGUGGUCCUCCUGGUAGUAGCGCUCAUGAUCGUAAGCUUGCCGUACAAGUUGAGGCUCUGGAUCUUCGUGAUG